AUGAGUAACUUCAGCACCAGCUUCGUGAAAGGCUACUCAGGUUCGAAGAGCUCUUCUGUUGAGGUGGAUGCCUGCAGCAAAAGCACUACAUCAUCUGAGGGUGCCGCCCAUACCCUGCUUAUCCACGGCCCCGUCGAGCUCAAGAGAGGCUGGAGGAGGCAGAAGCGGCACCUCUUCUUAUUCAGCGAUUUCUUGCUGGUGUCCGAUACCAAGUAUAAGAAAAAACUUAAGAUAAAAAAGAAAAUACCACUGAACACCAUGUGGACUGCCAACUGUAUGGACAGAGUGGAGGAUGCCAACAUCUGUGCUGGGAGGUCCUUUAUCCUGGGCUGGCCCACGGUGACCUUUGUGGCCACCUUCGGUUCUUCGGAACAAAAGGAAAAAUGGCAUUCUUUCCUUCAAAGGUACAUCAAUCUGGCCAAAGAGAAGGACCAGCCCAAGAGCAUUCCUCUCAGAAUCUUCACUGAGGACAUCAAGAACUGUGCCUGUUCUGUAACUGUAACAGUAACAAAUUCAGACACAGUGAAUGACAUUAUCAACAUGUCACUACCAAUGCUAGGAAUAACUGGCUCUGAGAAAGACUACCAGCUGUGGGUGAGUGCUGGCAAGGAAGCGUCCCCACACCCACUCACUGGACAUAAACAUCCCUAUGGAAUUAAAAUGAGCCAUCUUCCAUCUACCACACUGCUGCCGCAGACACCAGAGGACUCCAUCUCUCCUUCCACCCUCCAGGAGUCCCUCCUUCUGGAGCAGGGGUUCGCAGAGAUGCAAGGCCGGUUCAUCCUGAAGCCCAGGCACCCGGCGCAGAAUGAGCAAGGGAGAGAUUACAGGCAGAAGACAGUUAAAAGCGGUUUUUUCAGAGACUGGGCCUGUUGUCUGGGCUCCAGCACUAGCCAGGACAGCCAGUGCACAACCCCACCUUCUUCAAAGCCAGGACAGCUCUUUGGAGUUUCCCUCAUGGAUGUGUGUAAUAAAGACAACUUGCCCUUCCCAAUCCUGGUAGGUCAUCUCCUUUUGGUCUUCUAUAGCCCUUCUGAGGAGGGGACACUCUGAGAGGCCACGUGUCCUCAUCCAAAUCUAUUCCCAAAUGGAGAAGUCAUUAGACAGCCCCUGGCUUUGGCUGAGAAGCUCUGUUACUGUUAUUUCAAAGAAUAGAAUCUGAUUUAGGUCCUGCAGAGUCAUGAGGCAAAUACAACAGGAAAAGACAUUCUCCAUUCCACUUGGGUCUUGUUUCCACAAAGACAUGCGGAGGCUUGUUCAGAUCAGUCAAAAUGGACUCUGUGUAUGUGAGUCUCUGAGAGUCCACCUCAUCUUCACACUCUCCCCUCAUUGCCUUC